CCGGCUAUCGAUAACAGUCUUGUUAUUGUAGUUCUUAUUUUUUAACAAAUGAAAACAUCGCGUAAAUUGUCAAUUAACCGGUGAUACAAGGCAACACAAGGAUGGGGGACCAACAGCAGCUGAUCCUGGCCACCGGGGGCUACGACCACACGAUAAAGGUGUGGCAGGCGCACACGGGCAACUGCAUAAAGACGAUGCGCUUCGUGGAGACCUCGCAAGUGAAUGCGCUGGAGAGAACGCCGGACAAGACGCGACUGGCGGCCUGCGGCUAUCAGUGCAUCCGGCUGUACGAUCUGGAGUCCAAUUGCACCGCUCCGGUCAUCAAUUUCGAUGGGGUGCAGAAGAAUGUGACGCGUCUGGGCUUCCAGGAGGACGGCAACUGGAUGUUCACCGCCGGCGAGGAUCACCAUGUGCGCAUCUGGGACAUGAUCUCCGCUCCGCCGCAUUGCUCCCGUGUUUUUGACUGCGAGGCGCCCGUAAAUGCCGCCUGUUUGCAUCCGAAUCAAGUGGAGAUUGCCAUGGGCUCGCAGAAUGGCAGCGUUUUUCUGUGGGACGUCAAGUCGGAGCGUCACGAGCGCAUCGUGCCCGAGGUGGACUCCUCCAUACAGGAUGUGGCUAUCUCCCCGGAUGGUCGUUACCUAGCCGCUGCGAAUAACAAAGGGAAGUGCUACAUUUGGUCGCUGAGCAGUCAGGAUCAGAAGAUGAGCACGCUGCGGCCUACAAAGAAAAUUCCCGCGCACAAGCGCUACAUUCUCCGCUGCAAAUUCAGUCCGGAUUCGCGGCUGCUGCUGACCACUUCGGGCGAUGGAACGGUGGCCAUUUGGAAGACCGAGGACUUCCAGAAGCCAGAUGAACCCAACAAAUGGUGCGAGCUGCGCAUCGAUAACUAUUGGGUGUGGGAUGCCGCCUUUAGCGCCGAUUCCAAGUGGCUGUUCACCGCCUCCUCCGAUGGAAUUGCUCGUCUCUGGAAGCUGGAGACUAAGGAGCCCAUGCGGGACUAUACCGGCCACACGAAGGCCAUCACUGCCCUGUCCUUCAAGGACGAAAUAGUGGGCAAAUAGUAGUGUAGCAGGUAGCCGCUAGAAUUUAGGCAAUUUGUAAGCUUUUCGGCCAGCUGAGUGUUGAUUGUCUCCAAGCGGGCGGUGGAUUUUCCUGUGGGCAGCAAUCCCUUGCAUCCUUUUUACACCGAACAUCUAAAUUUAUGUUAAUUAGGCGUUGAUUUUCUAGUAGUUUUAUUCAUAUUCCUUGUUGAAAUUAAUUGAAGGUUUUAUUUUACCAAAAAACAGUCUCAAAAUUAUGUUCUAUAUCCUAUUCGUUAAAAAAACAACUGCCAGCUAUGCUCAUAAACCCAUUUAAAGUUCACUAGCCGCCAAGCAAGCGAGACAAUCGUUAGGAAAUGCGGCAUUUUUUUAAGGGGGCAGAUGCAACACACCAACCAGAACUGAAGCAUCAUCAAAAACACAAAAAAAAACACCCACAAUUCAAGAGAAAAUUGAGAAUACCUCUGAAAAUGAGCGCUUGGCUUUUGUAGCGACUUUUUCAUAAUUUAUAUAAACCUUUGAUACAUAAUUAUAGUACGACAAUUUGAAUAAAAAUCUUACGGGCAUAAAUAUACAUACAGUACGGAAA